GCAUAGGUUAAACUGAUCUCUCUCUUUUUUUUCUUUUCUUCCCCUAUUUUAUUCUAUAAGAGGUAGAUUUUUAGAUAUUGGUCCCUCAAACCAUUGAAAGUAGUAUUGAGUGAAUCCAUAUAAUUUACUCCAAAUCAGUCCAUCAGUUAGUAUUAAGGCCCGAGGCCUCGAGCAACAAACUGCCAGGAUUGAAACAGGCCAAUAUUCUUCUUUCAAAUGCAACGUCAGCGUACACUGUUUUAGAGCAAAAUCAAAAUCGUUCAGCCAUCGUUAGUCCACCUCAUUCCCAUAUGAUCACGUGUUCUGAAGUACGAGGCAUCAUAUUUAGUGAUAAUCUCCUCGGUUUAUGCUACAGACAUGCUUUCUUUACUAAGGCUCGCGAGCUGUUUGAUAGAAUGCCCAUUAGAAGUAUUGGGACGUUGAAUACUGUAAUGGAUGGAUACUCUCAAGUGGGUUUUGCUGCCCGAGACUUGAACAUGUGUAAUCAAGCGAAAAACGGGAGAUUUAGGCUUGAUAGAUUCGAUUACGCUGGAGCUUUGAACGUCUGUGCUCAGACUGGGGACUUGAGAAAUGGAAGGGUAGUUCAUGGAUUGGUUGUUGUCAGUGGAUUAGCUCGUCGGGCUUACUUGACUAGUUGUCUUAUCGACUUGUAUUCAAAAUGCGGAAAUAUUGAUGAAGCAAGAUAUGUGUUUGAUCGAGCUGUUGAAUUGGAUGAUGUUUCGUGGAAUUCGUUGUUCUCGGCUUAUGUUAAUAUAGGGUGGCCAGAGGUAGCUACAGAUGUGCUUGUUUGGAUGCAUAGAAAUGGCGUAAGUUUGAACGGUGUUGCUCUUCAUCAAGUCCUCAGAGCUGUUUACUUGGGCUUUGAUGAUUCGGAACAAGCUAGGAGAUUGCUUCAUGGGUGCAUAAUCAAAGUUGGGUUGGAUUUGGGCUUUUUUGUAGGCAGUGCUAUGUAUUAUAUUUUUGCAAAGAAUGGUGGAUUGGAUGAAGUUCUUGAAGUUUUUGACUGCCUAUAUAAUCCGAGUUUGGUAGUCUUCAAUGCCAUGAUCAGGGGAUUCUCUCAGUUAGGUACGGAAACAUGCACCAAGGUACAGGGAGUAGCUCUGAGACUUUAUGUUGAAAUGAUGAGAAUAAAAAUGAAGCCUUCAAAUUUAACAUAUAAGAGUGUUCUUGAGGCUUGUAUUUUUAACAGGGAAUUCGAGUUUGGGGAGCAAAUUCAUGCCCAUACCAUCAAGAACAAGCUUGAAGAAGAUAAGUUCAUUGCAAGUGCAUUAAUCAUGAUGUAUUCACGCUGUGGUUUAGUUGAAGAAAGCUUAAAAUGUUUUGAGUCUACUCCUAUCAAAGGCACUGUCACUUGGGGAUCCAUGAUCCAAGGCUAUAUUCAAAAUGAACAUUUAGAAAAGGCAAUGCACUUGUUCCGAGAUUACCUGCGUCUUGGGAUAAAGCCUUGCCAGAAUAUCAUAUCAAGCCUAAUGGUUGGUUCAGGGAAUUUAGGGGCGGUUAGAGUUGGAGAACAAAUUCAUGCCAAUUCGGUUAAAAGUGGGCUCGAUCAAAGCACUCUUAGUUGUAAUUCUCAGAUGUUCUUUUAUUCCAACAUUGGAGACAUUGAUGUUUCCGUUCAGAUAUUCGAGGGUAUUGCAACUACUGAUGUUGUGUCUUGGUCUUUAAUGAUCUUAAGUCAUGCUCUUCAUGGUAGGGCAAAGGAUUCUCUACUUCUCUUUGAGAAGAUGAAAGAAUUCAAGGUUUCGCCAAAAGAAACUACCUUUCUUGCUCUGCUUACCGCUUGUAGUCAUGGAGGGCUAAUUCAUGAAGGUUUUAGAUACCUAGAAAGCAUGAAGAUGGAGUAUGGCUUACAACCAAAUGCCGACCACUACGCACACAUAGUUGACCUACUUGGUCGAGAUGCCCAAUUUUCGGAGGCUGAGGAGUUCAUCUUAACUUCAAAUUACAAUAAUGACCCCACCAUGUGGUCGGCCUUAUUGAACUCUUGCCAUUUUCAUGGAGAUAAAGAGUGGAGCAUUCGUGCAGCGGAAAAGCUAAUGGAGCUUGAUCCCUUAUCCUCCACAGCCUACAUGUUACUCUAUAGAAUUUACUCAGAAAUGGGGAAAAUGUCUUUAGCAAUGAGAAUCAGAGGUAGGAUGAGAGAACGAGGGGUAAACAAGGAAACUGAUGUCAGUUGCAUUGAGAUUGGAGCAUCAGUUCAUUCUUUUGUUGAUGGUGAUGACUCUCAUCCAAAACCUGACAUGAUCUUUGAGAAGUUAGAAGGGAUGCUGGUUAAGAUAAAGAAGAGGGAGAGCUUGAUGAGGAGUCAUGGUGAGAUUUUGGCUGUUGCUUUUGGGGUGAUUUCUUUGCCUGAGUAUGUUCCAAUUAGGGUGAUGAAGAAUAGGAGGAUGUGUUGGGAAUGUCAUAUAAUGUUGAAAUUGUUUUCGAAGAGUGAAAGAAGGAAAAUUAUCGUUAGAGAUCAGACUCGGAUUCAUUGUUUUGAUCAGGGUUCUUGUUCCUGUGGGGAUUACUGGUAGCAGCAUUCUUUAUAAGCUUAAUUCAGUUUUCUUCAAGUGUAAUAUAAGAGAAGAAAAAAAAAAUAUUUUUGAAGAAGUCAGAUGGAGGGAUCUCAGAAUUCAAGCUGAGAAUUGAUGGAUGAUGAAGUCACCUCACAAUUGCAGUGGGCAUGUCCUCAUAGAUGGCUGAGGAAAGAAAGAAGUCCAUGAAGUGACCGCUUACUAUUUGUAAGUAUUAUUAAUUUUUU